AAAGUCACUGGUUAGUGAUUCGAGUACAAGGAACUUGAUCCUAGUUCAUAUCUGAGUGUCCAUAUGCUGCUCACUGUCGGAGGGGGAGUGUUGGGCCCGCGGCUGCUCGCACUGCCUGGAGAUGGCUUCCGGAAGACUCAUCAAGCUCCUGGUGUUUGAGCUUCUUGAGUUUGCUGCUUUCUCCAUCCCCACGCUCGUGAUUGUGGAACAGUUCGCCACUGCCUAUCAAUGGUCAAGGAAAACAGGAGAAAAAACUCAUUAUUGGCUGAUCGUUUCCUGUUCAAUUGCCUAUGUGGCUUCAGUGAGUCUAUUGAUUUGGGUUCCCAUAAAAGUUCUCUUAUACAAGAAACAUCAUCUUUCAAAAAAAAUUAAAGGAUGGAGACCUGUUAUGAUGAUGUGUGUAGUGCUCACCACACUCCCCAGUUUCAGCUUUUCUAUAGCAGUGACGGAGGUUCAAAAGAGUGUUAAUGGUUCUGCUAAUAACUUGCCGGACACCUUGCCUGACCUACCAGUCUCUCUGGUUCUGACUUCCUUGAUCGUGGUUGACAUCAUUGAAAAACUCAGGACAUACCCUCUUAGAGGGAGGCAAAAAAGUAAUGAAGAUACGCACAUCCGUGCCACCACGUUGCAACGCAUAAGAACCGUGACGGAUCAAGAGAGGCCAAACGAAGGAAGCCCUGCGCCUCCCCAGCCAGCCCCGAGGACCACGGCCCCGGCCCCGGCCCCGGCCCCGGCCCCGGCAGCCGCCGCGCGGAGCCCGGCCCCUGCGGAGGCCGGAGCCCAGGAGCCCGCCUUCCAGUCCCCGGUCCUGAGAGCCCUGUCCCAGCGGGACGCUCGCGCGGAGAUUUUCCUGUGGAGCUUUGUGCUCUGGUCUGACACCAUCGAGAUGGUGCGUGUGGCCGGCCACCAAGCUGUGUACAAGUCCGCCUGGCUCUACCCAGUCUACCUGUUCAGUUUCAUCUCGCUCCUUCGCAUUAUAUUCACGCCCCAGAACCCCCUGCUGAAUUCCCUGGGCGUCCUGCUCCAGGAUUUACCCUUCAUUUUUGUCAGGCUUGGCUUAAUCAUCGACCUGGGCACGAUCACGCCCGUGCUGGGCCUCUGCAAGAAUGUGCUGGUGACUCUCUCUUACGGUUACUUCAAUUACUUAACCAAAUACAGGGUUUUCUCCUCCUUUGAGCUGUCUUCAUUUUAAAAAGGAACUGUACUAUAGUUAAGCCUCUUUAUUAUGCAUGUGGACACAUUUGUAAUCUUAUUCUUUUCUGGGGUAUAUGUUUUUGCACUAUAUAAAAGAAAUGAAACUAGAUCAUAGAAAAUAAGCUAUUUUUUUUUUUAAAAAAUGGUACCAUCAGGUUUUUUAAAUGUGUAUAAAUGGUGCUAAAUUUAAGUAAGUUUAUGUCCUUAUAAGUUGACUCCCCUGCAUCUCUAAAAAAUAGUAGUUAAUUUUAGUUAGUUUUGUGUACUGCACCUUUCUUAAAACACUCUUCAAUAAAGCCUGUAAACCAAAUGAGAACAUGUUUCUCCACUAAAUUCAAGACUGAGAUUUUUCUUAUUUAAUUAAUCAUAUUAUAUUAAAUAUCACUACAGGAAUUAAAUAAUUAAAAUUAAUUUCUAGAAAAUACACCUGGAGUUCUUGAAUAAUUUUUAGGUUAUACUUUUUAAAAAUCUGAAUUGUAGUUUUAGGGUCUCCUUCAAACAUGGAAUUAUGUUCUUCAUCCUACUUUGAUAAGUGUAUUUUAUGUAAUUAAUUGAUUUCAGCAGAGAAAGCAAUUCUGUUUAACAUAUUUGCCUCACUUUAAGGCUUAGCUUUUUUUAUGAGUACUAAAGUACUAACGUAAAGAUUGUUUAAUAUAGUAAAUUCAAGGUACAUCAGCAAUACCUAGGUAAAAUUUUAUAAUAGGAAGCCAUAAAUUUGAGAGGUAGAUAUCAAAGCAAAAGAAUAUUUUGGGGAAUUUGAGACCAUCAUAAAAAUAAUCACGUACAAGUCCCGUUUAAAAUUAGAGUUCAACUUACAAAUGCACUAGUUAGUGUCUUACGUGGUUAUUAUAUAAAACGCAUAGCUUGAUGUAAAUAAUUAGAUACAUAAUUAUGCAAUUUGCCUUCACUAUGUUGAGACACUCUUGAAUAUUCAUAGUAGAGGCUCUUCAUUUUAUAUGAAUUUUCUGGUGCUAGAAGGAUUUGCAGAGUCUUGUGUGUGCAGAAUGUUUUACAGAGCCAGGCUCUUCAACAAUCCGUUAACAAAUAGCUUAAAAGUGUAAAACUGAAUUUGCCUGCCUCCCCUUACUCUCCACCAAUGUCCCCAACUCACUGUUCUGUGCUUUCUGGUUUCCCCUCACAUUGUCAGGCCUAUUUGCAGCUGUUAAAAGCUUAGCUUCUGGCUUUGACUUUGGGCAAGUUAUUUGACCACUGUAAGCCCUAGUUUCCACAUCUAAAAGCUGAGCAAUGGCGGGAGUGGAGGGGGAUGGGAGCGUGUGAUAGAGGGAUAGAGGAGAUAAAAGGUGAUGGGAAACAUAAAAUAAAAGUUGUGGAAAGUACUUUAAUAGGGUUGAGAGGAUUAAAUGAGGGAAGGAAUGUUUUCAUCACAUUGUCUGGCAAUGAAGAGUAACUCAAUAACUGUUAAAGUAUUUUAAUUGUAUCAAAUAAAAGAGAGACAGGUAGCUAAAUGCAUUAUUUUAAUUUUCCUUUUGCAUUCUUUUCUGGGUCUCUGCUUACCCUCAAAAAUAAUAAUUUAAACCAUGCACUUAUGAAAAAUAAUAUGUAAGUCUUAAGUAUACCUGAAGUAAUUUUUUUAUCAAGUAGUAGUAUGUUCAUAAGUGAGAAAUGUA